AAAACACCUCUGAUAACAGUACAGUUUGCACUGUAUGUGUAUUGUGAACUACUGUGUCGUACUGAAAUGUUGAGUGAUAUUUAAUUUUGCGUGUUUAAAGCAAAUAUGGCUUAUCCAAUGUAUGAAGUUGAUUGGAGUGUUUUACCGCCAGAACAAAAUAGAAGGUUUAACCCGGCAUUCAAUAUCGCUACCAUAAAACAAGUGGUAAAUGAGGCUAUUGAAAGAGUCGCACCGGUUUCAGUGCGAAUGCCAACGCCCACUCGGCUUCGGGACCUCAUCAGACAGAUCCGAGCAGCGAGAACAGCGGCAGAGGAACGAAGUGUUGUUAACAAGGAGUGUGCAUACAUCAGAUCGACGUUCAGAGAAGAGGACAGUGUUUGGAGAUGUCGGAACAUUGCGAAACUCUUGUACAUCCACAUGCUUGGGUACCCGGCACACUUUGGUCAGCUGGAGUGUCUCAAGCUGAUCGCCAGUCCACGCUUCACGGACAAGCGCGUUGGUUACCUAGGCGCUAUGUUGCUGCUGGAUGAACGGCAAGACGUACAUCUACUUAUUACUAAUUGCUUAAAGAAUGAUUUAAAUAGCAACACCCAGUUCGUAGUCGGUUUGGCGUUAUGCACGCUCGGUGCUAUCGCCUCGCCGGAGAUGGCGAGGGACCUCGCCUCCGAAGUGGAGAGACUCAUUAAAUCGCCUAACGCCUACAUCAAGAAGAAAGCUGCCUUAUGCGCCUUCAGGAUCAUUAGAAGAGUGCCAGAUUUAAUGGAAAUGUUUCUACCAGCCACAAGAAGUCUGUUGACUGAGAAAAAUCAUGGUGUUCUCAUCACUGGCGUGACCCUCAUCACCGAAAUGUGUGAGAACAGUCCCGACACACUCAAUCAUUUUAAAAAGGAGAGCGGACAGCGCGAGAUUGUUCCAAAUCUGGUGAGAAUAUUGAAGAAUCUAAUAUUAGCGGGGUAUUCACCUGAACAUGAUGUCAGCGGUAUAUCUGAUCCAUUUCUACAGGUUAAAAUUCUCCGUCUACUAAGAAUACUUGGUAAGAAUGACGCAGAAGCAUCCGAAGCAAUGAAUGACAUAUUGGCCCAAGUCGCUACAAACACUGAGACAAGUAAAAACGUCGGUAAUACAAUAUUAUACGAAACUGUACUCUCCAUCAUGGAUAUUAAGUCUGAGAGUAGCUUGCGUGUACUAGCUAUCAACAUCCUGGGACGAUUUCUACUGAAUAAUGAUAAAAAUAUAAGAUAUGUUGCACUGAAUACAUUGCUAAGGACGGUACACGUGGAUACAUCAGCUGUUCAAAGACAUAGGACUACUAUACUGGAGUGCUUAAAGGACCCGGACGUGUCGAUCAGGCGUCGCGCGAUGGAGCUGUCGUUCGCGCUGAUGAACAGCCAGAACAUCCGCGGCAUGAUGAAGGAGCUGCUGGUGUUCCUGGAGCGCGCGGAGGCGGAGUGCCGCGCGCACUGCUCCAGCGCCAUGGUGCUCGCCGCCGAGCGGUACGCGCCCUCCAGCAAGUGGCAUCUCGACACGCUCUUCCGUCUGCUGCUCAAGGCCGGCAACUACCUGCGUGAUGACACGGUGUCCAGCACCAUACAGAUAAUAUCCGCGGCGCCGGCGGAGCGCCAGGCCUACGCCGCCAUGAGGCUCUGGACAUCGCUGGAGCGCUCCGCCGUCUCCGGAGACGCCACAGAGAAACAACCGCUUGUUCAGGUGGCAGCGUGGACAAUCGGAGAGUACGGAGAUCUGCUAGUGUCAGAAGCCAGUAGUGCUAUAUCUAUGGUGGAUGAGGAUGGCUUUGAUGAGUUCACGCGCCCAUCUGAGGAGUACGUGAUAGAUAUUUACCAGAAGCUACUGUGGUCGACGCAGCUGUCCAUCACAACUAAGGAGUACCUGCUGCUUUCGCUCGCCAAGCUCUCCACGAGAUUCACCACUAGACCCAGUCAGGAUAAAAUUCGCGUGAUAAUCGACACUUUCGGUUCACACAUACACAUUGAGUUGCAGCAGAGAGGCGUGGAGCUAUCACAACUUUACAGGCAAUACGCGCAUUUACGACCGGCGUUGUUGGAACGUAUGCCGGCCAUGGAGGCGCCGGCUGGUGAGAGAGAUGAUAGUGACGCUGAAGGAGACGCGCCAGCAGACUCGCCACAACAUCGCGCUGACAGGCCGCAGCCGGACGCACUGCUCGACCUGAUCAUUGGGUCGGAGCCGCUGUCGAACGGCGACGCGGAGCACGACCUGCCCGCCGCCACCGCACCACCGCCAGACAACAAUAACACUACAACUACCAAUGACAUUCUGGACCUGUUGAGCGGUUUGGACCUGAGCUCUCCGAGUGUGCCGGCGCCCGCCCCGCUCACCAGCAGCGCGCCCGCCACCAACCUGCUGCUCGACGGACUCUUCUCAUCACCUGCACCCACACAACCUGUAUCACAACCUGAGACGACGGUAACAGCAUUAGAGCGCAACGGUCUGCGUGUGGAGUUCGUGGUGUGCAGCGGCGGAGACACCGCCACCCUCACCAUGCGGGCACUCUCCACUGCGCGCUCAGCUCUCACUGACUUCUUGUUCCAAGCUGCCGUACCCAGAACGUUCAGAUUGGACAUGAUGUCGCCAUCAGGCACGGUGCUCACGCCGCAGGGGGAGAUCACGCAAGUUCUCAAAGUCACCAAUCCAUCCAGGACACCAUUACGGUUACGAAUAAGAGUAUCCUACAACAUCGAGGGCUCGCCCGUGCUCGAGCAGGCGGAGGUCAACAACUUCCCGCCUGAUCUGUUCAACUGACGAGCGACCAUCUGACUGACACCGCGGACAAUGACACCCGCACAGUGUUGACACCAACAUGAAGAGCAUGUUAACCUCCGCAAAGGCUCACAGUCGAAUUUAAUGGAAAUGACAAAUUAUAUCUACACAUGACAGUGGCAGACUAUAUCAACGUCUUGUAGGGAUGGGCCUUCAUCUAACGAAUUAGUAAAAUCAACUGUUGAUCACUUUUCAACAUCUCAACCGUUGACUUUUUUAUUUAACUUGUUGAAUUCAACAUAAAUUUACAUUACAAUUACUGGUUGUCUUUUUUCCUCUGCCAGUUGAAUCAUUGUUCGUUGAAUCUAUGAUUAAUUACUUGACAAAAUCAACUUGUUUUUCUAAUAAUUGAAAAUGGCAAGUUUAUGGUUUUAUUGACCCCAAAAACAUUCAACGACACAUCCCUAAAGUCUAUGGAUUUAUAUUGGUAGAGUAAAAUGUCUAAAUUGACAUGUCUAUUUUUAAUAAGUCUGUGAAUACAGCCUUAUAAAGAUGUAGCGGUUGAAAUAGAUUUAUUAAAAUUUAACAUUUCCAUUGAAUUCGACUAAAAAUAUAAAAAAAA